UUCCCCUGAUUUGAUCCCUUAGACUAAGUGUUGCUCCGACAACAUGGAGACGGUAUGUUUCCGUUUACCGGGACACGGGGACAUGACACUGAGGCACAUGAACUCACUGAGGUUCCGCCAACAUUUCUGCGACAUCACCAUCGUGGCCAGCAACAACCAGACCUUCAAAGGUCAUAAGGUGGUCCUGGCUGCCUGCUCGCCCUUCCUGAGAGAUCAGUUUCUCCUCAACCCCUCCUCCAGGCUUCAGGUGUCAAUGCUGUACAGCUCCUCGGUUGUGUGUGAUUUGCUACAGUCUUGCUACACUGGCAUGCUGCAGUUCAGCCCUGAGGAGAUUGUCAACUACCUGACUGCUGCUAGCUACUUCCAGAUGGAGCAUAUCGUGGAGCGCUGCAGGGGAGCGCUGGAGAAAUAUGUGCAGCUAAAGAGCCACAGUCCUCUUAAAGUGCCUGAAGAAGAAGAAGAGGAGGAAGAAGAAGGUCAGGCCCGACCGGUUAUUCUCAGUGCCAAUAUUCACUCUAUUGCAUCACCUCUGACCACCCGACCCUCCCCCAUGGAGCAGCACAGCCCUGCAUUAAUCACACUGGAGGAAGAAAACAGCGAAACAUCUGCUCAGGACAGCACCCAACGUAACAGUGACAGCCCACUGCAGGAUGAGCCUGAAAUGAAGGUAAACAUGCUGGGCGAGGAGGAAGAGAGCAAGCCGGAGGACUACAAUGUGUUCAGAGUUUACAUCCCAGAGGAUGAGCUGAUGAACAGAGACGGGGAGGCGGAGAAAGCAGAUUUUGUGGACGCUCCUCAGGAUCUGCGUUAUCCAGAGACGGACAGGAUUUUCAUUGCAGGAGACGGGAGCGAGUGCGAUCUGGACUCUGCGGAGGAUCUGAGUUUCAGAGGCAUCAGCGCUUUCAGACGGAAGCUGUCCGAGCCCAAAAUUGGGCGCGGCAGAGGGAGAGGCAGAGGAAGGGGGUUAAAAAAGCGAAAGUGGGCAUCAUCCCACGAGAGGAGGUCACCAAAUAUAGCUCAUCGUCCGGAUCUGUGGUACGCCGCAACUGCUGGACUGGGUGGAGGGUUCGGCCUGGACUUUAGCCAAGAGGAGCUGAAGACGGCAGGAAGUUAUUUAAUUGAUAUUCCCCGGUUUGACUUCAGUUUGAACAGUAUCCAUGGGGAAAAGGUUUCCCCUAUGAAUCAGUUCUCCCUGGAGGAGUCUGGCGCUGGUGAGGGGAGUUCAGGGUUGAACACUGUGGGAACAAACGAGGGCGGGGAUGAGUCUGUCGCUGUGGUGGGCUCCACUUCCAGCGUCACUGGCCCUGUAAUUUGCGAGCACUGUGGCCUGACUUUUCCCUCGGCUCACUCCCUGGCCAUCCACUCCCGCUCCACCCACCUGCUGUACGUGUGCCCCUGCUGCGGGAAACACUUCCACCACUCCACCAACCUCACCCGACACAUGGCCGUGCACCGAGGAGCCGCCAAAGCCCACCAGUGCCCCCUGUGCUACAAGACGUUCACCCAGAAGUCGACGCUGAUAGAUCACAUGAACCUCCACAGCGGAGAGAGGCCACACCGCUGCGCCUACUGCCACGCCCGCUUCGCCCACAAGCCUGCCUUACGACGCCACCUGAAGGAGCAGCAUGGCAAAACCACGGGGCAGAACUCCCUGCACGAGCAGGAGGAACGCGAGAGAGCAAGAGAAGCUGCAGGACGAGAGCAAGAGGAAGAGCAGAAAUGCCUGGAAGACGAUAAGAAAUCCCUGGUUUCUGAACAAAUGUCAUGAGCCCCCCCCCAAAUCUAUCAACUUUUCCACAUUUUGCCUCAAAUUUUAAGCAUUUCUUGGAUGGAUUUUGUGUGACAGACCAACACAAGGUGUAGUUCAGCUGUGAAGUGGAAGUAAAAAAAAAAAAGUAAUAAAAUGGUUUUAAAAGUUUUACACAUAUACAUCUGAAUGAAGCACCAUGCAUUUAUAUUAACCCCCCUCCUUUACUCCGAUUCCCCUAAAUAAAUUACAGCACAAAUACAAGUCAAGUCAUUAGUAAACGUGGCCCCAUUGUGUGUUAUUAAAUCAGACGGUUUCAUCAUGUUAAUGUUCUAUAUAACAUAAGUAAAAAGGUUUCCUUUAGACCAAGAAUCACAGUGGACAGCUGCGAUUUGAGAUUAGCGGCCCAUGUGACAGUGUAAUAACAGUAAAGUUGAAUUCUAUUCUUUUAGAAAACCAUAUUCGAACAGCCCACGGUAAUUAGAAAAUCUGCAUCAAAACCAUAAAAUAAAAUUAUUUAUCAGACUCUCUUUAUCCAAUCUAACUAAGCCCGAGCUACAAUGCAAACUGAUUAAAAUCUGUCCUUUUAGAUGUACAGUUGUUUAAUUGAAAAACUAAUUUCCUGAUAUAAUUCUUCACUACCUUUGUGUUGGUCUACUACAGAAAAUUCCCCUAAAGUACAUUAAGGUUGUGUUUCAAUGUUUUUAGCUUAAAAUUUGGAAAAGAUCAAAGCGACACUAAGCCCUUCAGGCUCAUUGCAUUCAGCUUGGUUCGAUCCUGGAAGGCUCCACGAUGACGAUGCUGAAAGUGUUAAGAAUUACUAAAAUGCCUUCAGAUGUUUACUGCCAAACUGCUUUUGUCAGUGUGUCAAGGUUUAAAACUAAAUGAACAGUAAACAAGCAAUAUUAAGUCUGUUUUUCUUGCUUUUCUGGCUGGUUCAAACAGUAUCUAGUAGCAGUUUUUCCUUCUGAGUAAACUGUAACAGUAAAUUUUACCUAAAACUCCCUGAAACCAAAGAGGAUACCAGUACCUGUUGAACAUCUCUGAAAUCCUUUUCAAAUAUUUUCUCCAAUGGGUUUGAGUGAGAUAUUUUGUAACGUGUCAUGUAAUUAAAAUGUCGUUUUUUUUAAUGUAAAUAUUUGUACUGUAAUGGUAUAUCAGUGAUUCUCCUCUCAAACUGCUCUGCUGCUGCACACAGGAUUGAAUAAAAUCAUGAAAUAUCAGUUUGAAACAAAGAGAUCCACACUGAGAAUAAACUCAGAGAACACUCCUGAA